CGCGCAGCGUCGUCUCGACCCGAGGCGACAGCCGCGUGAGCCGCGCAUCUCGCUCGUUUCUCGUUCAUUCGUACCACAGCGUCAUUAGGGUUCGGAUGUGCUUGCGUAGCUCGGAAGAGUGAAGGGCAAAGAGAAUCGUUAGGCGAAGUUCGAGGUUAGGAGUAGGGUUGUGCGAGUAGAUAGAGAUAGUAGCUAGGUGUUUCGCGGUUUUCGCUUAGGUCUCGCGUUUAGCUUCAUGGAUCCCUUAAGUUCCGUGGACUCGAGCAAGAUACCGAAAAGAUCAGGCAACAAUAGAUGGGGCGGCCGACGUAACAACCGAGGAAACGAGAACAAAGGGUAUUUUGGUCUCGCGUCUAGCUUCGUGGAUCCCUUGGGUUCCGUGGACUCGAGCAAGAUGCCGAAAAGAUCAGGCAACAAUAGAUGGGGCGGCCGACGUAACAACCGAGGAAACGAGAACAAAGGGUAUUUUGGUCUCGCGUCUAGCUUCGUGGAUCCCUUGGGUUCCGUGGACUCGAGCAAGAUGCCGAAAAGGUCAGGCAACAAUAGAUGGGGCGGCCGACGUAACAACCGAGGAAACGAGAACAAAGGGUAUUUUGGUCACGAUGAUCGUACGAUGGUACAAAAUGUAGGAAGGGAUGGUGGACCUCACGUCCGUCCUACCAAACAUCGCGUGUCGUUUAAGACACUUAGGCCAAAUCACAGGGAUAUGUCACCUAAUUUGAUAUUGUCAAAUUUACUGGACGAGGACAUUCCAAUGGCGGAUAGUUCCAACAAUAAUACUAGGCAGGUGAUAAUGAAUCAGAGGGAUAGAGAUAAGGGUAGGGGUGAGAGGACUUGGCAUACGGUCUCUCGCGGUAGGAACAGUCCGAUGCCGAAUAGGAAUUUCAAAGGAGGUCAAGCUGAUGUCAAGUCACGGGUGUUUCCGCUUGUUCAAUCCAAUUGGUAUAAAAUAAUUAUACCACCUCCAUCGCAAAGAAUGUUUGUUUCGGAUCCUAAAAUUCAAGAGAUAGCGAGCCAGUUUUUACAACAAUACUUCACGAUACUUGACAGCGAUAAUCGUCAACCUUUACUCGAUGCAUACGCCGAAAAUGCAUGCUUAAGCCUGACGAUAAGCAAUUUCUACAAGUUAAAUGGGUAUUACACGGAGAAUAGAAACAUAUUUAGAACAAUUGAUUCAAAUAGAAGACAUAAGUUAUUGAAACAGGGUAGAUUGCCUGUAGUGUCGUUUAUAUCGGAAAUGCCAAAGACAAGGCAUUUAUUGAAUACCUUUACCAUGGACAUCACUCUUGCAACACAAGCAAUGAUGUUCAUUACUAUAACGGGUUACUUUCAAGAACUCGAUAAAGACGAGCCCAUUCGUUACUUCAACCGCACCUUCAUAAUUGUUCCGGAAGGUGAGGGAUGCUGUAUUCGAAAUGAGCAGUGGCACAUUAGUCAGCCGUCUGAGGCGCAAUUGAAGCAACUGCAUCAGCAACUGAAUCAGCUCAGAAGUCAACCGCAACCGCAGACGGUGUCGUUGGAAACUUCAGAAGUAGUGAAACAGCAAAUGACGGUGACGUUAAGUCAGCAGACAAGUAUGAAUCUGCAAUGGAGCUUAAAGUGCUUACAAGAGACUCAGUGGAAUUAUGAUAAUGCACUCUCUGCUUUUCACGAGUUCUUUAAACGUGGGCAGAUACCGUCAGAAGCGUUUACGAAGUAAACGCCAUAUAUUGAGUAAGAAAACUUGCCAUUGUGAUAAUAGCGUAAGAAAAAUCAGAGUGCAGGAGCUUCUUGUAUAACUGCGAUCUCCAUUCCAUUCCGUCGUAUACUUUUUUUUAUAAGUAUACUUAUUUUGUAUCUUGUAUCAAAACUUGAGUAGAAAGCAUUUGGUUAUUUGUUACUUUCGAUUUAUGUAUUUCUGGCAACAAAAGAUAAUUAUUAAUUUUUUUUUUGGGAAAGGGUAAAUGCUAGAAAAAGCAAUAGAUUAGGUAUAUUAAUAGAGUUCCUUUAAAAAACUGUUUCAAAUAUAUCUACAAUCCGUCUUGUUUAAACAUUUAAAUUUUGUUUAAACAUCUGAAUCUUGUUUAAACAUUUAAAUUUGCACACAAUACAUCCACAUGAAAAUUGUUAAAAGUCCUUUCUAUCUCAUUACAAUCUUGUUUAAGAAAAGUCAUAACUAUGUUUAUAUUCUGAUUUUUAACAAAUUUUAUACGUAUACAGAUAUAUUAUUGUUUGACAGUACUAGUGAAAACAGUAACUUUUCCAACAAUUAUUUGUAAACCAUAGUUUUUUCUGAAAUUAUGAAAAUGUUAAUUUAAAAAUAUUAUAACGUACAUAUGUUAAUUAAGUACACAUUUUUGAACAAAACAGAAGUAGUGCUCCAACAAGAAUCACAGCUAUUUUGUGACAACAAAACAAAACGAGCUGUAAAAACAUAUGUAUCUAAAGUUUUAAUGGAGGGCUUCAAGUUUUUAUAAGAAUAAUUAUAGAUAUCUCUGAUGUGAUCUUCAACUGGAAGCUUUCCAUUAACCACUUCAGCGGCAGACAAAAUUUCACUGUUUGUGUCCCAGUGGGCAAGAAAAAAAAGUAAUCGGAUUUUAAUGUCACUUGGUAUCUAGAGGUUUUUUGGGCCGCUGAAUACGAAUUUGCGAUCAAAAUUCAAAAUGGCGGACCCAAUAUGGCGACCAAAAAUAAUCACAAAGUCCGAAAUCUUUCCGAUCGUUAAGAAAUCUAGGGGUAUCUAGAGGUUUUUUGAGCCGUUGAAUACGAAUUUGAGAUCAAAAUUAAAAAUUCAAAAUGGCGGACAAAAUAAAAACGCACAAAAAAUAAAAAAAGAUAUAGGAACAUAAAUCUGAAUUCAUUAACAUUGUCAGGAGACAAAGUUUUGAAUUUUUAUAUUUUUUGUGCGGCCGCCAUUUUGAAAUUUUGCUCGCGAAUUCGACGACUUUAUUCAACGACCAAAAAACCUCUUGAUACUAGGUUUCUUAACAUCGAAAACAAUCGAAAAGAUUUUGGAUUUUGUGAUUAUUUUCGAUCGCCAUAUUGGGUCCGCCAUUUUGAAUUUUGAAAUUUUGAUCGCGAAUUUGUAUUCAACGACCCAAAAAACCCUUGGGUACCAAGUUUUAUGAAAAUCGGGCCAGUCAAUUAAAAAUUAAACGAUGUGCGCCAUAUGGCGUCAAUGCCCACAGGGACACGUACAUUUUCCGCGCCAUAUGGCGUCAAUGCCGCUGAAGUGGUUAAAACCUUACAUACAUAUGCUUUUACAGAUUGUUUUGUUCAUUGUUACAAAAAAAAUGCGAUUUCUGCUAGAACACCACUCUGCAUAUUUAGGUAUUUUUGGGUAAUAUGUAUAAUGAAAUCACUGAUCAUUAUGUAUAGGAUUUGAUAAACUGAAUAUUCCCAAAAAUAAUUUUUAUACUUUUUCAAGCAGUUAUUUGAUAAUACUAAUGAUCAUUUGGGUUACUGUUCAUUGAUGUUGUUACCGUGAUUGCAAUGAUGUUAGAUACAAAAAAUUUAGAUUUGUUAGAUUGGACUUGCUUCCGAGAGAGAGAGAGAGAGAGAGAGAGAGAGAGAGAGAGCCAUUU